AUAUAUUUUUUCAAUAUUUGCAUUUUGGAUUGUUUAGAAAAAGGUGAACCAGAGACCAAGUACCAGAAAGAAAGUGACUGCAAAUCUAGAGAGAGAGAGAGAAAAAAAGAAAAAGAAAAAGAGGAGAGAGAUAGAUAGAGAGACAAACAAACAAGCCCAAAGGGGUACAAGGAGGGUUUUGUGAAGAGUGAGCAGUGGAUAGAAGAUUUAUGUCUGCAAGGUCUGAUUUGGCUGUGAUUGGAGCUCCAUUGAAGCUCUGCAUGCGACAACUCUGUUUCCCAACUGUUUCGAUGCCUUUGAGACCAAAGAGGACUUGUUCUGGAGUAGAGUGUUUUGGGGGUUUUCACAUAAAACGAUUUUUCUAUCUCUUCUUGUUCUUGAGAGGGCCUCUUACUUGAAACAACUCUGAUUUUGAGAGUGAUACCCUUUUUUGUUCUCUUGAUUUUUUAUUUUUUUUUCCUUUUCUUUUCUUCCAAACAAGAUUUUCCGGGUAUUUUCGAGGGGUUUUGCUGUGAAAUCAGUGAAAAUGCCAGACCCUCGAUCACAACCCCCUUCCAAUCAAAACCAUAUCUGCAAGAAAUCAAAGAAAAAGUCUGUUUCUUCUGAAGAAAACACCCAAAAAAUGAAGAAAAUUCGAGUGAUUUUUUCCGAUCCAUACGCUACAGAAUCAUCAGACGAUGAGAGAAAUGAGAAUCAAUACGCACCAAAACGUAUUGUUCGAGAGAUUAACAUUCCUCUUGGAGUUGUGAAUCAGCCAAAAGUUCUUGAAACAGAGAGCUCAUGCCAAAGUAACAGCAAUGGAGAGAAAGCGCCGCCCAAAAAGAACAGGGUUUUAACCAAAACCCUGAACGCUAAUCGGGCGAGGCCAUCUGGGUCAAAAUACAGAGGGGUUCGGCAGCGAAAAUGGGGAAAAUGGGCUGCCGAGAUUCGAGACCCUUUCACCGGAAAGAGGGUCUGGUUGGGCACUUACAACACCGCUGAAGAAGGUGCGAGGGCUUACGAUUUGAAGAAGCUCGAAUUCGAAUCCAUGGCUGCUUCGUCGGAGAGGAGUUACAAUCACAAUCAAAACCACUCUUCUUCGGUGGCUGAGGACUCUGAAAGCUUGUUGUCUCACACAUCCCCAUUGUCUGUCCUUCAAUUGGACUCUUUAGCUUCAGCCUCAGCUUCAAAUUCGCACGUUGAUGUCGAAUUGAAUGUAACAUUGACUGAUUUUGGUGUGGACCACACCAUUGUUGCUGAUGGUCAGAAAAUGCCCAAUGCCGUGCUCGAAUUGGACUCUGUAGCUUCUGCUUCAGAUUCGCAUGACGAUGGCAAGUCUAAUGGGAAUGAUUUUGGCGUGGACACUAUUGUUGAUGAUCAGAAAAUGCCCAAUGCUGUUGCUGUGGAUGAUGAGCCAUUGGUUUCUCAAAUUGGGGAAGGGUUGGACAUUGGAAUGGAGCUCGAUUCGCUCUUUGCUGAUGAUUUUGAUAAUUUGGAUAAUCUUUUGUGUGAUUUUGGCAGCCUAGAUGAUCUCCAAAUAGGCGGGUUUGAGGACGAUCAACCCAGUGAUCUUCCUGAGUUUGAGUUUGAUUUCGAGUUUGGGAAAGAAGAGCUUGCUUGGAUUGAUGAAGUUGGACCCCUCAACAUAGCAUGCCCAUAAGUUUUGCAGCUAGUAGUAAUUUACUUUUUACAUAGUCUCUUAUCUCGAGAACAUUAAUAUAAUGGUUCUUGAGAGAGUGGUUUUGUCUGAUGAGUGAGAAUCUGUUUGUUUGUUUAAUGAGAAAGUGUCGAUCGGAGUGAGUGAGCUGAAUUUGAUUUGUAUGGAGAAAGAGAGUCCCUUUGGGUUUUCGUGUGCUAUUAGAGCCGUCCCAAGGGUUGCUUGAUCUUUAGAGAGUUUUGCUCAUUUCUUGUUAAAUCUUUUUACUUUUUAAUCUACGAAGUUAUUGUCAUUUCAGUAAUGGAUCUUUUCCUGGGUCUAUGAGCUCGAGUCAAUACAAACAAUAUAUUUCUAA